UCAAGACAGAGUCACAGUCCGACUCCUGCCCUUUCCAAUCCAGACUCUUAAUACCCUAUGCACCUGAGGUCAGGGGAACCUCAGAAGAAGCUGCGCGUGAAUUCCAGCAUCUCAUCUCCAGGCGCCAUUUUGCGCCACCGGGGAUUGGUAGCUCCCGCCUUUUUUCUUCCGGGCCGCCUUCAGUGAGAUUGACAGCAGUUUGCGCACGCGCAGUGACGCCGCUCCUGAGGGGCGGGAUCAUUGGGCCUCCGCCGUUCAAGCGCUGGGACGGAGAACUUUGCCAGAUCUUGCUUUUCCUAAGCAGUUGGUGGGUCUCGAAGUUUCUGCUCUUUGCUAAAACUACUUAUUAAAAUUCUCAUUAGAAGCCGAAUUCGCCGCCGGAAAUCUCUGGCUGUAACGUAAUCAACUCUUCACGCUGCUCUGUGGUCAGGAUAUCCAAGUCAGGUCUCUGUGGUUUCGGAAGGCAGAAGGGAAUGGGUAUCCUCGCCAACACAAUGCAUUUCUGGUUUUCUUUUAUGGCUCCCAAUCUUUAGUCAGUUUAGAAUCAACCGCCCUUCAGCGUCCGGCUCCUCUGUGACCUCAGCGCACCGCGAAGCCAUUGGAAGCGGCGUAGCUUUCAGGUCUUUCCCUGGACGGCCAACGGUGUGAUUACGCGCUCUGCGCGCUGAGCACGCCGGGAGUUGUAGUCCGCUUCGUACAGCGUUGCCAAGUCUCCGGAAGUGGAAGUGUAAGAGGCCGGGCCUAUUUGGCUCUGGGUAGCGGGACUCCACACUGGGGCGAUACUCCCAGGCGGGUCAUGAACGGACCAGCGGACGGCGAAGUGGACUACAAAAAGAAAUACAGGAACCUGAAGCGGAAGCUUAAGUUUCUCAUUUACGAACACGAGUGCUUCCAGGAGGAGCUCAGGAAGGCACAGAGGAAAUUGCUGAAGGUUUCCCGGGACAAGAGUUUCCUUCUAGACCGACUUCUGCAGUAUGAGAAUGUGGAUGAAGAUUCUUCCGAUUCAGAUGCCACUGCCUCUUCAGAUAACAGUGAGACCGAAGGGACACCCAAGUUGUCUGAUACACCAGCCCCCAAGAGGAAGAGAAGCCCUCCGAUGGGCAGUGCCCCGUCCCCUUCCAGCCUCUCCUUGCCUACUUCAACAGGAUUUCCGCUGCAGACUUCUGGGGCCCCGUCCCCAUACCUGAGUUCGCUGCCUGAGCCCAGCCCCCUGAGGCCCAAGCUGGAGAAACGGCCCCGCCUACCCCGGAAACUCAAGAUGGCUGUAGGACCCCCUGACUGCCCUGUGGGUGGGCCACUGGCCUUCCCUGCCAGGGGUUCUGGGGCCAGUGUUGGGGCAGCCCUGACCCCCCUGCCUCCUCCCAAGAUGCCCCCACACACGAUCCUGAGCACCGUCCCCCAGCAGAUGUUCAGCGACGCAGGCAGCGGGGAUGACGCCCUGGAUGGAGACGACGACCUGGUAAUCGACAUCCCGGAGUAGCCGCCAUGACCUGCCGAGCCCCGCACAACACGCGCGAGCGAGCCCACUUCUCCAAGAGAUGUUUAUUGAUGCCCAGUUGCCAUGCUUCGGCCACUGACACAAUCAGAAAAGGCGUAAACAUGCACAAAUGUCCCCGAGGAAGGUGGCAGGGGCCCUGCCCUCACAUCCCAGCCCCAUCCAGGGGACAGUUAUUUAAAUGAGUGGCCAAGAGGAUCUGCCACAUCUUAGGGAGCAGAGACCCUGUGGAGGCCGCCCCUUUAGAAGAGCAGCUGAACGGGGCUCGGACUUUUUAAAGAAGGCUCUGUAUUAAAGGGCUGGCUCUUUCUUUCCUUGUUCUUUCCUCCUUUGGAAAUGUCCUCCUCUAAUCUCCCCUAAUCCGACCUCCUCCCUGUGCAGCAGGGGGCCGGGCAGCCUGGAGAGGCCAAGAGAGGAGUAGCAGGGUGGGGUAGGGGCACUGGCAGGACACCCCACAUGGCCCCGUGCGCGUGGGGGUUGCAUAUUUGUGGUAACAGCAAGUCAGGCAGGAGAAAGUUUGCAUAUGUGAAAUAGCUCUCCAUGGUCCCUCACAAGAAGACAGACCCACGGUCACAGAGACUCACAAAAAUAAGACAGGUAGUGUGGGGCAGGGGGCAUCCCACCCCAUGUAAACGUGCAACACACUCGUGCGAAGGUUGGGUACUGGACCCGGCCCCAAGGGCCUGUGC